CUUUUCGCUCAUCCCCUGCCUCUUUUCUUCUUUUCCCCCUGGGCUCUUCUUACGACUUGCCUGUCUUGUCCUCUGUGCGCGCGUCCGUACAUCUUUCGCUACUGUUUUCUGUUGCCUGGCGUGUGUUUCACCCCCUAGUGACUGCUGCAAGGCUCCUCCUGCGAUCUGCAAAAGGGAGACCUUCCCUGCAAUCGAGGCUCUGCUCCCCAGCGUCCUUGCUGGCAACCGGGAAUUCAGCAAAAGGGAACCUUGGCCGGGAGCAAAACCACACAAGGUGAGCAAACGUCUCCUCCGCCUCUUCUGCCAGUACCUGCAGCUUCGGGUUAUUGAGGUUGAUGCGGGUCCGUGGCUCCGUCCAGCGCUGUGGCUGAUUUCAAAUAAGGAUCCACCGGAAGCACAUUUACAGAUCUGCCAAGUUUGAGGGAAGAAAUAGCUGUGCUCUUACUCCGUUCUUCUAAAGAAUGAUGUAAAUGCAGAACUUGUAGCCAAAUACAACAUGGGCUCUAACACCUCUAGCAAGUCACCAAUAUACGAUGAGAAUGAAGAUGUUACCUUUGAUCAUUUUGAAAUUCUCAGAGCCAUUGGAAAAGGCAGCUUUGGAAAGGUAUGCAUUGUUCAGAAGAAAGAUACCAAGAAAAUGUACGCAAUGAAGUACAUGAAUAAACAAAAAUGUGUGGAACGGAAUGAAGUACGAAAUGUCUUCAAAGAGUUACAGAUCAUGCAGGGACUGGAACAUCCUUUCCUUGUGAACUUGUGGUACUCAUUCCAGGAUGAAGAAGACAUGUUUAUGGUGGUGGAUCUGCUUCUUGGAGGAGAUUUACGUUACCACCUGCAGCAAAAUGUCCGUUUUGAAGAGGAGACUGUGAAACUAUUCAUCUGUGAGCUAGCACUGGCAUUGGAUUAUCUCCAAAGCAGGAACAUCAUCCACAGAGACAUAAAGCCAGAUAACGUCUUGCUGGAUGAGCAGGGGCAUGUUCAUGUAACAGAUUUCAAUAUUGCUACAGUGAUAACUAAAGAUACACAGAUUACCAACAUUGCUGGCACAAAACCAUACAUGGCACCUGAGAUGUUUACUGCCACAAAAACUUCAGGUUAUUCCUAUGCUGUUGAUUGGUGGUCAUUAGGAAUUACAGCCUAUGAACUUCUCAGAGGCCGGAGACCAUACCACAUUCGCUCUAGUAAUUCUGCCAAUGAAAUUUUGCAUGUGUACAAGACAGCCACCAUCAUGUAUCCUGCUGCCUGGUCACAGGAUAUGAUCUCAUUGAUUAAAAAGCUAGUGGAAAUGAAUUCAGAAGAAAGAUUUUUUCAACUGAGUCAUAUCCAAGAGUUUCCUUACUUGGCUGAUAUCAACUGGGAUGCUGUUUUACAGAAGACAGUAUUGCCUGGAUUUCUUCCUAAUAAAGGGAAGUUAAACUGUGACCCAACCUUUGAACUUGAAGAAAUGAUCCUGGAGUCAAAGCCACUUCAUAAAAAGAAGAAGCGCUUGGCUAAGAAGGAGAAGGAAAGCAACAAAAAUGAAUCCUCAGAGGCCUGCCAGCUGCAGAAAAACCUGGAAUCAAUACAAAGGGACUUCAUAAUUUUCAACAGAGAAAAGGCACGACAAGAACAUAACAAAAUGCAGGAGAACUUGACGGUGACACAAACGAAAGACAACGAAGUGACACAAACGAAAGACAACGAAGAGACACAAACGAAAGACAACGAAGAGACACAAACCAAAGACAACGAAGUGACACAAACCAAAGACAACGAAGAGACACAAACCAAAGACAACGAAGUGACACAAACCAAAGACAACGAAGAUGACGAUCAGAAUAAUAAUCUUUGAGAUCAAUGUAGUUUUUGCUCAGGUGCUGCUACCGAAAAGGGCAGGCUUUUACUUUAGCUCAUGGAGCUUAGCAGAUAAAAUUGCACACUGCUUUCAAGACAAGGCAGAUACCUUGCUAAGGAACCUUGAGGCUAGAUGCUGAGUCUCUCUUCCCACCAUAAGGACUUGUGGCCUACAAUCCUGCAGAACUACUUAAGGCACAGAUUACCGUCUUUAUGCCUGUUUUUAUUUUUUUAAGCCACUUGACCAUUAACAGGAAAGAGUAUGCUCUUUAAGUACUGUGCAAAAGGCACUCCAAAUAGGGAAAGGUUAAGUUCACUUUAUAGGUAUAAUUUCUGUUGGUAAAAUGUCAAAGUUGCUGAUAAUUGGGUUAAAUCCACUGCCUAUGGGAAAAAGGUCUUUGCAGGGCUGCUAGAGGGGGUAGCUCCACAUUUUCUUAGAAGUUAAAAAAAUAGAGCUGAAUCAUAACUCUGCCUUAGAGUGCAAUAGACUUCAAAAUGAAAAUCAUUUUAAAAAUACUUGUAACUGACUAUAUACAAUAUAUCAGACACAGAAUAAGAGGAAAUAAUAUUUUUGCUGUGGGGGUUUUCCACUUAUUGGUACUUUUAAAUGAAUUAGUUCUUAAGAAUAUAUCCAGUAUAUCUUCAGAUUGGGAGGUCUGUGUGUACAUUAUGUGAAUCAGGAAAUGGAAGAAUGGGACAUACAAAUCAAGAUAAAUUCACUAGGGCCAUUUUAUAAGUAGAAUUCACUAGUAAGUGAAAGGGGUCAUUCCAUUUCUUGCAAGGGAUGGAUGGCAAUCAUUAAAAAUGUUUAAGUCUGCAACUAUCAUAAAGAAAUACUAUCUGUGAUCAUUUAGUAAAAGACCAUUGAUGGCUCUUGGGACCAAUAGAUGCUUGGUACAGUUAAUGUCAAACUAUUAACUUUGUACCCUGAAGUACCGUUUGUUAUUAUGUGUAGUUGGGAAGAGACAGCAAAAAUCCAGGUUGUUUGAAAUUGGCAAGAAAAGAGUAUAUUAAUGUUACAAGUACCCCAGGUUAAGCAUAAUUCUUUAUGGGGAGCAAUUUUAUGUUUGACCUAAUUUUUUGCUCUGCUUUGCUUUAUGGCUCUAGUCCUCUUAGUCCUCCUUUCCCUGUUCUUUCUUCCCCAGAUACAACAUUGUUAGACAAAAGGCUAAUACAAUGGAAGUAGGAAAUUACAUUGACAAUUAUUGUACAUUGUCAAGCUGAAAUCUUUUUCUAAGCCUGUUUGUAGUUUGAAUCAAAAUACCACUGUGAGGUCACUUGCUUUCUAGUGACUUUCGAUUCUUUGUUUCGUUCUCUGUAUGUACAAAAUGUAAAAGCAUUCUCAACCAAUACAAUCUCUUUGAUUUCCAAAGAAAAGUGAAUUGAUUAUGUCCACCCGGUGUGCAUUAUCAUUAAGAAGAGAACAUGGAUGGAUUCUGUGUCUACUGGGAUAGCCCAGUAGGCAAUUGGAUCAGUGGAUGCUUUCUGCAUUCUUUUAAUCCUAAAUUUUUUUUGAAAUUUUCCUCUACAACAAGGUAGUUCCUCUGAAUGCAAAGGAUAGCAAAAGGUGAUGGAAGACCUCCUUUCUCCGGAUUGCUUAAAACAGAUAAAUCUGCUACCCCGCAAAUGGGGGGAAAUGUUCACUUAGGCUUAUAAUUUAAUAAGCUCAAUAACUAGAUCCUUACUGCAUUUGUAGCUUUUCUCGUCCCAUAUGGACAGAUAGCUAAGCGAUGAUUUUCGGGUUCCAUUUUGCCACUAUCAUUCUGUUUGGCCUGCUGAACCAGACUGAAUGAUCAGGGCAUAGCUGCUCACUUCAUGUACUCCUUCCUUCCUGAAACAGAUGGAUAGAUAUGGCUCCAGAAAAUCUAGCCCAGGAUUGGGCUCCUUCCAACUGGAAGGAAUGAAAUUUUAAUGAAAAUCAAUGGAAUUCCCACCGUUAAGAGGCACAAAACACACAAAACUUUAGUGCACACCCUAAAAUUGAUGCAACAUUUUUGUUGGGUGGGGCGAACAGAAAAUCUUGACCCUUCCUAUGUACAUGUUGUGGUUCCAUCUACUUCACACAAUUGUUCUGCCCAUUGUGGUUCCGGGUCCUCCGCAGAUGUAAAAGGCAAUUUUCAGUCACACAAAGUUUAUCUACAUUUCAUCUGGUCCCCUCAUUCAGCUUUUGUCCCAAUUUUUCAGCUAUUUGUUGCUUGGAUUUAAAACUUCAGCACUCUUAGAAUGAUGCGGUUGGAAGAGAUCACAGGGAUCAUCUAAUCCUACUCCUAUGUAAUAUAUAAAAUUCAUAGAAUAAGUGUACAAGUCAGCUAUCUUGACUCUCAGGCAGCUUCUAAAGAUAAAAUCCACAUUUUUCUUUAAUUCUCACCCAAAUUAAGGCUGCUCAGUUCCAGCAAGAAUAUUUUACCUAGGACAAAAUUAAUACAGUUGUUAAGUGCUACAGAGCUACAAGUCCAAUGUGGCCAUUUUUUGGGUACAAGGAUUUGUAGUUCAGCAAUUUUCUCAUGGAUCAUUAGAGCAAUCAGUCCAAAAGCUGUAUACCAGCAAAGUGCCUGAAAAAGACAAAGCAUUAAAUGCAAUUGAUCACAUUUCUGGUUUUUUUUUUUUUUUUGGGGGGGGGGGUUGCGAACCAGACAAGCCAGCAGACCAAGGAAGGAGACAGUCAACCCUCCUUCUGCUGCCAUUGUUCAUUUAACUCCACUAGUAGCAGUAGGACAAUUAAGGCAAAAAAACAAUACAUCGUUGCAUCUAAAUGAUAAACAUAUCAUAUGUCUUUCUGUGGAGUACAGGCCAAUCCUCAGAUAUUCUCCAUCAUUCUCUAGGUAAUAUAUUAGGGCAAAUCUUGCCUCCAAAACUUUUCUUUUCACUGAAAAUUACUAAUUACUAGGAUUUUUUUCCCAAUACAUGAAUGGUCACAAUUCCAGUUGUGAUAUAGAAAGAUUUGGACUAAAUUGAUAUCCCAGAAUGGUUUGGUUCAAAGGACAGCUGUUUCUAAAUGCUCUUUAAAUGUGUGAGACUUCAUAUCUGAUUCUCCACAGCCAGCACAGUUACUUAAGUCUGCUGUACAGCACUAUAUUAACCCAGAAACUUUAGGGACUCUUAUGUCAGUAGACUUUUUAGAUUGAAAAGAAUGUGUUAAUGGUUAUUUGGGCCCUUUAAGAGCAUAUAUACAGAUUACAUUAUUACUACCUGCUAUUCUGAUCUCAUCACCACCAAAUAAUCUUCCCAGGAACAGAAACACAAAGUAAAUGUAAUAUUUACAAGAGUAAAUUAUAAAUACCAAUUAAUGUUCUUUUGGUUCAGUUAGAUUUAGAAGGGCAUCAUUCUUUUCUUCUGAUGGAAAGAGAAUAGGGACAGAAGCUUCCAUGUCUGUUAAAAAUGUGAAGAAGUUGCUAAUUAGAAUGUUAAAAGUAGCAUUUCCUCUCUCUUCCAUGUUAUAAAUAAAGUUAGUUAGCCUUUCUGUAAGGGCCUUUUGCAGUGCACUAACCUUUUUCAUUUUGUAAAGCCUCAAAAUAAAGUUGUAUUAACUCUUA